AACCUCUGUUUUCUUGUAGAAAUCUCUUUCUAGUAGGCUAAUUCAGGUUCAAAACUCCGUUGAUAAAUUUAACAAUCUUAGUUCCUUGAAUUUUUUGUGGAAUGUCAGUCUUUUGAUGAUGUCAGUCUGAGAUGGAAUGUCAGAUGAUGAAGCUCAGCCUUUUUACUAUCAUUAAUUAGAUCCUGUUACUGCUGCAGGAUAAUGGAGAGCAAAACUUUGAGCCCAUUUGUUUACUGGGCUCAAACAGAAAAAGAAAUCACUCUCAAAAUUGAUUUGAGAAAUGUCAAGUCUCCUGAUAUUGAUGUCCAAGACCAUGUCAUCUACUUCAAUGCUGUGGGAGUUGGCAACCAAGGCCAGAAUACAUAUGGUUUCCAGUUAGAUCUCAUGUAUGCAGUUGACCCAGAGGCCACCAUUGAAAAAGUCACACCCCGCAAUGUUGAGUUGAGGCUCACUAAGCAGGAUCCAAAGUUUUGGCCAAGAUUAUUGCAUGAAAAUCUAAAACCCGCAUGGCUGAAGAUUGAUUUUGAUAAAUGGAUGCAUGAAGAAGAUUUGCAAGACGAAGCUCGUGAUAUUCUGGAAGAUUUCCCAGGCCUUUAUAAUAAGAUGAAGGCCUCUGAGACUGGCAGUGUUCUCAAACCAGAAAGUCUGAAGAAGGUCUACUUAUUCCUGUACAACUUGUGGCUUUUUGUUGGCUUCCUAUACAUCGUCGUGGUGCUUCUGAUGCGGUACGCGAGUUUUGGUGCUGAGUCCUUGGAAGGAAGCUAUAAAGCAGUUGGCUGGAUGAUGCACCUGUGCUUCCUGACACAGUUUCUAGAGAUUCUUCACCCAAUUGUUGGCUACACUAAAGGAUCUCCUUUUGAAGCAAUAAUGCAGGUUUGUGGGAGAGGCGUAGUAUUUUUUUGCCUUAUUGAAGCUGAACCUCGGAUGCAGACAAAGCCUGUUGUUUUCUUCCUCUUCUUCGUCUGGUCAAUCAUCGAGGUGGUCAGGUAUCCGUUCUAUAUGCUACGAGUUUACAAUAUGGAGCUUGGGCUGCUGACCUGGCUGCGGUACAGCUUGUGGAUCCCGCUCUACCCCGUGGGCUUUAUGUGUGAGGGAAUUGUUAUCCUCAGGAGCAUCCCAUAUGUGGAAGAGACCGAGCGCUUCUCCGUAGCCUUGCCGAAUUCGUGGAACUUUGCCUUCCAUUUCCCAUCGCUGUUACGAAUUUACCUCCUCUUUUUCUUCCUGCCUGCAAUGUAUAAGAUGAUGAACCACAUGUACAACCAGCGUCUCAAGAAGUUCUCCAGAAGAUCCACGGCUGAUUGAAAAUUUUCAACUGUGCUUCAAAAUCUCAAAUUUAGCCACAUUAUUCAUUUAGAAACAGUCUUUUCUCUACUGUUCAGAUUAUGAAUGUAUUUUGUUUCUUUGUGUCAUUUUCUCCAAUUCCAGGUAUAGUUAAUUCAACUCAAUAUUUUUAAGGGUAGCGGUGAUCUGCGUAGAUCGACCUAUUGAACGGUCACAUAGACUUCUAGUGCUAGAGAUUUAUUAUUUUAGAAGCAACACCUCUCAAAAUUUUAUGUUUUAUUCUCAUGCCUCCUAGUCUUGCGUUCUGAUAUCAAGUUGUUCAAAGUGUUCUUGUUAGCUAAUUCAGUAUUUCAGGAAUAAUCUCAAUUUAGCUUUCCUUCAGAUAUAUGUGAUCAUAGUCAUCCAAUUGACAUAUCUGAAAACUAUGUUCAAUUGGAUGACAUCAAAAGUGAAGCUGAUGUCGUAGCCCAACUAAUAUGUUGUUUGAUCGCUUCACAGCGAUUGUUGAGUGCGUGUCGAUCUCUGAAUUUGUUCAUUCUCAAUAAGUUUCAAUGCAGGCUUAGCUUUUAAAUGAGAAAAAGAAUUAAUUUUCUGGUUUGCUGCGUUCCGCCUGAGGUGUCAAGUUUUUUUCUGACAAAUUUUUGCGAGCGGUUAGUUACUAUGGGGUUAUAUGUGUUCUUUCUACGACUAAGGCUGCUCCGAGCCUUUUGGUGAUAAAAUACCAUUUCAAGAAAAGUGUAUGUACUGCCAGGUACCACAGCCUACCAUUCUGCGCCAUAUUAGAUGCUAGAGUCAAUUAUUAGUAGCAUUUUAGCUCUCAAUGUGUUAAUAAUGAGCGUACUAAGUCAGUGAAGUAUUUGAAUUUAACAUUGGACCACUUGGACAAGGUUAAUGACAACAGCUGUAAGUAGCAAGAUUAUCUUUUUGUAGGCAGUGAGUAUUUCUGGGAGGGAAUAAUACCUAAUAAUCAUUCCCAACUCAGCAAUUGUUCGCUUACCACUUGCAGAGCCCCUGUGCUUACACAUAUAGAUUAGAAACAACUGUUUUAUUCUCUUGGAUUAUUUCGCACUUUUAUGGUGAGCUUACCAUGGUCGCACUUGUUAGCCAAAUGGUUUUGAUGUGGGGUCAAAUGUUGGACUUCUAGUUUUGUAAAUACAAGGCAAACUUUAUGUGUAAUAAAUUCCUUAAAAUGAUUUGUUUUGUCGUUGUUUUUUACAUGUGUGGUCAUUUAUCUUGUUUUUUUUUUUUUGUUUAUUCUUGUUGCUAUAUGCACUUAUCGGUCACCAAUUAUGCAUUUGUAAUGUUGUAGGUUAUUUUACUUCACGCGUUAAUAUUUAUUGUGAAAUUCCAACGCCAGAUUUAGUUUUCGCCUUUUGAAGCCUUAAUUUAAGUAAUUUAAUUAUUUGAAUGAAUGAGUUUCACUAAUAUUCUCGAUUUUAUGCCAAAAACGUGUAAAUUUUUUUAUAAGAAAUACCUACGCAAUACCUCAUUGUGUAAUGUUGGAAAACACUGUCGAAAAAAUUCAAUUUUUACAUAUAUUCGAAAUUUGUAAGCUUUCAGUUAUAAAAGAUAUUCCGAAAUCUCUAAAGUA